AUGAGCCUCCCGCCCGCCCGCGCCCCCCGCGCCCCCCGCGUCCCCCGCCUGCCGGGCUGGCUCUGCGCGCUGCUCCUGCUGCUGCUGCUGACGCCGCCGGGGCCCCUGGGCAGCGCGGGUCCCGUGGCUUCCAUCGUGAGGGAGCUGCGCUGCGUGUGCCUGAGCACCACCCCGGGCAUCCAUCCCAGGAUGAUCGCUAAAGUGCAGGUGGUCGCCGCCGGCCCCCAGUGCCCGCGGGUGGAAGUCAUAGCCACCCUGAAGAACAAGAGGGAGGUGUGCCUGGACCCAGAAACGCCUGCGCUGAAGAAGGCCAUCCAGAAGAUUCUGGACAGUGCGAGAAAGACGGAUUAAGAGGAAGGACCACGCAUUGGGAGAACUGCCCAGCGCCUUGGAAGUGCUCUCUGUGGGCCUGGGAGGCCGGGAAGACUGGAAGUGAGGCCGAGGUUCCGCGGACCAGCUACGCUUCUCCCCAAAUUCCCCACUUUGGGGGAGGGGAUGACCCAUGUUUGUCCUUCCAGCUUAAUACUCAGCUCGUGAAAUAUUUAACAUGGUAUUUAUUUGCCGUUAUUUUAUCUGCCUUGCUAUUGGAAUCUUUGGCGAUUGACUAAAUUGUGAGUCAAGAAUCAGUGGUUUCUAAGCUUUCAAGGUAACGACUUUAUUUUUAGAAUGCAUUCCUUAGGAUAGUGCUGAGAAGGCUGUGGAUUUAAUAUGUGAAUGAUAUUCCAUUAGAUGCAGUAGAUGGAGAUAAACUGUUAUCUUCACUCCUCAGGAAAUAGGAAAUACUUUGGUAUCGUUUCUUGGGGAAUACGUUAGGAGGAUGCGCUUGGCUCUGGGAUGCUAAGUUAUAUUGCCUUAAAAAGCUGGUGUAUCAUGCAGUUCUGUGUAUAAAAUUAUAGUUCCUUAUUUAGAACUUUUAAACGUUUAAGUUCUAUAAGGACUAAUAUAGUACUUUCCUAUAAUUUUAGACAUCUGAUGUCUUCUUAGUAUGGCAUAAUGUCAUGACUUACUCAUUAAACGUUGAUUUUAUGGUGUGUAUUAACCAUUUUACUAGGAAUACUAUAAUUCUAGUCACUAAGUAUAUGUUUUGGAUAGAGGAAAAGCUAGGAAAUAGGCAAAUUCCCUAUUUCUAGUUUUUAUGGAAAUGCAUUAUUUGCAUUUUUUAGGAAUAAAAGCAAAUUUAACAAUGAUUUGUACUCAGCAAGUUUUGAAAAUACAUGUGAGCUAUUUAAAUGUAGAUUCACAUUUGAUUUACAAAAAAUAUACAUAGGUUAAGGAUUUGAUGAUUUUGUUAUAAGGAUAUUAUCUAUUAUAAUAUAUGCUAUAUUAUCUAUUAUCACACUCACUGGGAUGCCUGAGUGGCUCAGCAGUUAAGCGUCUGCCUUCGGCCCAGGGCGUGAUCCUGGAGUCCUGGGAUCGAGUCCCACAUCGGGCUCCCUGCGUGGAGCCUGCUUCUCCCUCUGCCUGUGUCUCUGCCUCUCUCUCUGUGUCUCUCAUGAAUAAAAUCUUAAAAAAAAAAAUAAAAAAGACCUCAAGCUUACUAUGUGAAAAUAACUUUUUGUUGCAUGUCUCAUUGGUUUAUAGCACUUCGCUGGAAAAAAAAAAGAUUUAUAAAAUUUA